AGUUAGUGGAGAUUUAAACCUGUAGCCUCUUCCCUUCCCUUCCCUUCACCAACAUUCACACUCAGGGUGGCAUCGGACCAGAGCUUCAGUCAUACAAGAAACUUUUUAUAAGCUAAAAAAAUCCUUAGGCUGCCUGGUUCUGUUUUUCUUUUGCAAAUCUUUAAAGAGUAAGAACCCUUUUCUCUCUCCAAUUACUGCCACAAGCAAAAGCUGAGAGACAGACGUACCCUUUCCAACGCGGAUCCCAGCGGACUUUGUGUUUAUCGGCUGGUUUUGUUGCAUCUGGAGCUGUUUCCACAAUACCGUGUGUCGGGGCUGGCUUUCUGUGGAGUGCUGAACACAGCUGGAGAAUAAGAGCAAAUCUAACAAAAUGCGAAGGGGCUGCCAGAUAGGCAGGCGACCGGCCAACAGCCAAACGCGUUUAUUGUCAGCACCUCCUCAACCAGCAGCAGUAGCAUCCGCCUCAUUACUGCUGUUCCCAAAACCAAACUGCCACCCUAACUUCUUCAAAAAGCACCCGCAGGAAAUCUGCCAGAUAAACUGCAAAGAGAACUCCCUAGCGGUCGUGGAGAAAAAUGGGAGCGUUCUCGUUUUUGACAAAGAGGGUGAACACAGAAAACUCCAAUGUGUGAAUUCAGGAAAAGACAGGAUGGUGCAUUCCUUGGACUGUGGAGCAGCUCAUAUGCUUAUUCUUUCAUCGGAAGGAAAGCUUUCUGAACACAGCGUUUCAGCCACAGCUAAUAAGUCGGAGAUGAGGCUACUGAAAGAAUUAAGAGACAAAUACAUUGUCCAGAUCGCAUGUGGGGACCAUCAUUCCAUGGCACUGUCUAAAGGAGGUGAGCUUUUUAUCUGGGGACAGAACUCACAUGGUCAGCUUGGAGUGGGGAACCAGAUUGCCUUUACCGACAAACCACAACUGGUACAGGAGCUCAGAGGCAUCCCGCUGGCUCAAAUUGCUGCAGGAGGAAUGCACAGCCUUGUCCUGUCGCUCUCAGGAGCUGUUUACUCAUGGGGGAAGAACGAUUUUGGACAGCUGGGACUUGGAGAUACAGAAAACAAAUAUUACCCUUCAUACAUUAGAGCCCUAGAACAUAAGAAGACUGUGUAUAUCUCGUGUGGUGGAGAGCACACUGCCGUUCUCUCACAGGAUGGGCUGGUGUGUACAUUUGGAGCUGGAGAUUAUGGGCAACUUGGUCACAACUCCACCCAGAAUGAACUGACACCUCGUAUUGUGGCUGAGCUGUUUGGAGCAAGGGUGUCUCAGAUAGCAUGCGGAAGAUGGCACACACUUGUCUAUGUCCCCUCCUUGGGAAAAGUCUAUUCAUUUGGUUGUGGAGCAGAAGGGCAGCUGGGCAAUGGUGACACAUCUAAUCAGUUGAUACCACUGCCUGUCGAAUUACCUUCAGAUUGGGUGAAUGGUGGAAAAGUCAACCAGGGAAACAGGACCUCCGAAAAGGUGAUUAAAAUUAUUGCGGGAGGCAACCAAAGCAUUGUGCUUUGCUUGAAGAAAAAGAAUCCAUAUGUUACUUUGAACGGAACUGCCAUAGCAGAAGACAAGGAGGUGGAUAAAUGGAUUUCUAAUUCGGAUCCUAAACAGUGGGAGAAUAUAAAGAAGACUGUUUGGCUGAUCUUUUCAUCUGAGGCUUGUGUCAAUGGAAGUUUCUUGGACAAAAGUAGAGACAAACAUUUCAGAACCUCCAAAGAAAUCUCAGGCAUGGAUAUGUCAGCAGUGCUUCUUUUUUAUGAGAAGAUGAACAAGAAACCAAGAGUCUUCCAGGAGAUGAUCUAUGCAGUUGAGAAAUUGCUGUUAUCGCUGUCUUCCUCUCCCAGCUCACCUGAAGCUCUCAGGCUCUACCUGAUCAUUCCUGUCCUUUUACGGGGGCAGGAUUACAUGUCUGACUGUCUUCUUGAUCAGCUAGCAGCAGCCAUCCUGCGUCUCCAACAAAAAGAUCUGAAAGUUCUUGAAUCCCUGUGGUCAAAUCUAGAAAUAUCCUUUUUCAAGGACCUAGUGAGCAUGUAUCAAAGGGUUUCCAGAAUCAAUUUAUCUCUUUUCAUCAUGCAAGCCAGAAACUCUGAAGAAGUUACCUGUGAACGACACUUGAAUAGGACUCUGAAAAUACUGCAGAUUCUUUACCAGGUGAAUUCCAGUGCUGGUUUCAAAAUACAAGAAAACAACUUCUAUAUACCUGAAGUGAAAAUGAUUUGGGGACAGGACUGGGCUUUGAAUGAAGGACCAAUUUCUGAGCAGUGGAUCAAAAAUCAGAUUUCAAAGCAUUUGGAAAUGAGGGCUUUGUUGAAUCUGACUGCAUACCCUUGCAUCUUUGACAUGCAAGAUAAGGUUGUGGUUUAUGAAAUUGACCGCCACGUGCUGUUCGAGAUAUAUAACACAAACUCUGUCCUGCCACAAGGUCCAUGGUUUUUCGAUAUCAGAAGAGCACACCUUGUGGAUGACGUGUGGCAGAAGUUAAGGAGCGCAGCACCUAAAAGAUUUGAGAAAUUCUUGAAAGUGCAGUUCGUUGGAGAACAAGGUAUUGAUGAUGGAGGGUUGUCCCAGGAGUUCUUCACUAUCGUUACAAGGAAACUGUGUUGUCCAGAAGCACGGAUAUUCAGACGUUUUGAGGACUCCAAGCUGAUUUGGUUCCCCUCCCAGAUACCUGGAAGCGAAGACACCUUUUUCCUGAUUGGCACUCUCUUUGGAAUGGCACUGUAUAACAUGAAGAUCGCUCCCUUUCAUUUCCCUCUAGCUCUGUACAAAAAGUUGCUGGAUAUUCCACCCACUCUAGAAGACUUAAAAGAGCUGUCUCCUACAGAAGGGAGGAAUCUUCAAGAAAUCCUGGAUGAAGACUAUGCUGACAUCCUUGAGAACAUGAUGAUCGAUUUCACAAUAAUGAAGGAACAAGGAGAAUCUAUAGUUUCCAUCGAACUUAAAGAAAAUGGUGCAGACAUUCCAGUCACAAAGCAUAACAGGAAAGAAUACGUCGAUGCAUACGUGAAUUAUGUGUUCAAUGAAUCGGUAAAGAAGCCGUUUGAGGAUUUCAGGAGUGGGUUUUUAAGAGGCUGUCCAGCUAAAAAGUGGAAGCUCUUCCUUCCUAUCGAGUUCCUGACUGUUUUCCGUGGACAUACAAAAUAUGACUGGAAGCUGCUGGAAGAGAAUACAAAGUACAAAGAUUACAAAAAGUCUGAUCAAACCAUCAAGAAUUUUUGGACUGUGUUUCAUGAACUCCCAGAAGAAAAGAAGAAGAAUUUUCUUGCUUUUCUGACAGGAACGGAUCGAAUCCCUGCCGAAGGCAUGAGACAUUUUCAAUUCACUAUUGCAGACUUUAAAAAAGAAAACCCAGACCUUUUCCAUCCUAUUGCCAAUACCUGCUAUCACAUCUUGGUGCUCCCGAGAUACAGCAAUGAAGAGAUCCUUCAGGAAAAGUUCCUGAAUGCCUUAGAGUUUUAUGAAAAAUUUAGUCUAUCAUAAAUUGUGGCCAAGAAACAAUUUAAAAAACAUUUUUCAUGUCUUACUUGCAAUAGUCUUCUAUUGUUAGCUCUUGUGGGAGGAGAAGCCACCAAAUCCUGUUUUUUAUUUAUACUGCACCUUAAAAACAUUCAGAUUCAUUCAUCCAUUGGGAUUGCACUUUAACAAAGGAGGCGAUUCUCAGGCCUGCAAAGUACCUAACAUUGUAGAACAGGUUUGUAAAAAGACACUGAACUAAAUAGCCAAAUGCAACAUUGACUAAACAAAAAUGUUUUAUUGUUAUUGGUUAAAUUACUUUUUUCCCUGCAUAAUCUCUUACAAUGGUUAUAAAAUAUGUGUGUGUGUGUGUGUAAUAUAUAUAUAUACUGAGUGUGUGUGUAUAUAUAUAUAUAUAUAUAUAUAUAUAUAUAUAUGUGUGUGUGUGUGUAUAGAGAGAGAGAUUGAUUUUGUGAUAUGACAGGUGUAUAUAUACUGCAUAGGAAUUUCAAAGGUACCUAUUGGAGUUAAAUGCACAGUUCUCCUGGAAUUUCGUUUGGAUUUGGGUUCAGCAAAAAAGAGGUUAAUCAGAUGCUGGUAGGAGGGGUUGGUAAAGACAGUGAUGACUAACUCUACAGUGUUCUUAUUGGGCCUGAUUACUCGGCAAAAUAAGUCACUAUCUUUGCCAGUUGCAGAAGCCUGAAUUGUGUUCACAUGGUGACCUCAAGAAGCAAGUCAACAACUAUAUUAUUAACAAAUAAGAAUUAACACUUCUCCUAUAGGUUUCCCAAUGCAUCCUGUCUUAACUGUGUCUUUUUUUGUUAGGCCUGUAAGGUCUUUGGGGCAGAGAUUCUCCAUACUUUGUAUCUUGUAUAGAACCAAGCAUGCUGUCAAUGCAUUCUUAGUAGUAGUCAUGCCAAGGGGAGAGGAGGAUGAAAUUUCCACUGAUCAGAUAUACUAGUGAUGAGUUCUCUAGCCUUACCCACUACCUAAGGGGGCUUGAACCUGCAAAUUCAUACUUAACUGAGCAGUCCAUACUCUGACAACCACUGCCUUUGACUCCCCUAAGUAAGAGUUUUCAGGAUCAGGACCUAACAUGGCAAAUAUUUUAUAUUCUGUCAGUCAUUUCCAGGCUUCGCUAAAAGCUGUAUUUUUAAAACAUUAAUGCAAGGGCCUUGCAUUCCCAACAAGCUGUAAACUUAUUAUUUUACUGUAAGUAGCUUUUUAAAGAGGGUAUGUGGUGUCCUAAGCAAAUAGAUUUCAUUUUCAAAAGCAUGAUGUUUUUUUAAAUAAAUGUCUCUGCUACCGUAAGUUAAACUCUUAGGAUCCAACUCCAUGUGAGUGGAUCUAUGCAGGCUUCCUGGUGGGCCCUGGGAGAUGCCUGUACUUUGUACAGUUAAGGCCCAACACUGAUAACAUUAUGCAGGGUUGUAAACACUGCAGACUAUUCUUCUGUAUUCUUCUGUAUAGUUUGUUUCUUCUAAAAAGCAUAUAAAUAUUGCAUCUUUUUCACUGUCCGACAACAAUGCUCAUUGCUUACCCUGCGUACCAUAUGUUUGUUACACAUUGUUGAAUAUGUCAGUGGGCAGGUAGCUAAAGCAAGUUUCAUAUGUAAGAAAGUGUUUUACUGGCCCUUUUGCCAAAUGUGUUGAAAUAAAUGACGAUAGUCUUUCAUAA